UGUUCUUCGCGAUAGUUGAGUAGCAAUCAGAAUGGACCUCCAAACGUUCCUAAUUGACAAGUUCACACAGUGGUCGCCGCCGGAGCCCAAAGUGCUGAAGAGAACAAAAUGUUCCAUCACCCUAGACUGGCACAACGUGGAGCCGUUCCAAUUCAUCAGCGACGAGCUGCUCUACAGGCUGGAGAAGAAUGAGAAGAUACCUCCGUGGGUAGUUGUCUACAGAGGCGGCAAAACAUCAAAGGAGAUAGACAACCUGGCGUCGAGGCACUGCCACAAGUUCCGACUGAGAGUGAUCGUGCAGGCGACGGCAGUGCCGGGCCUCGCAGCGCGGGCCCUGCAGUACUACGGGGGCGAGGCCGCUGUGUACGAGGCCAUGAAGGGACUCGGACACGGCAACGACAGCUGCGACACUGCUACUGAAGUCACCCGUGCAGGUGACGGUACAGUCAUGGACGCCGCUCCAUCUAGUGAUCACGUUAAAUAUAAUCUGUGCAGGUCAGUUGCUGUGAGGACAGCUGGUCACAAGUGGCUGGAGUCCCAGUGGUCGGGGCUGACGUGGAGCAGCACGGACACGGACGGCACCUCCGCCGUCUGCUUCUGCAUGGCCGUCCGCUGUGGCUACCUCAAGCAGGUGCAGGGCAUGCUGGACGAGCGGCCGGCGCUGAUAGGUAUCAUCAACUCCAAGAAUGGGUUCACACCGCUCGCCACCGCUGUCAGGAAAGGAGAUAUAAACACAGUUCGGUUCCUGUUGAGCGCGGGUGCAGAAGUCGAGCAGCGCUCAACUACGGGCCAAUCAGCGCUGCACAUCGCGGUGCUCAAUGCGAACAUCCCCAUCGUGCAGCUGUUGUUGGAACAAGGAGCGGACUUCGAGGUGACCCUGACUAAACAUAUUUACUUACCAUACCGACCAUAA